GAUUCAUUCGAAGGUCGGGGAAAUGGUGUGUUCGGGCCAAACGAUUCUCGUAACUGGCGGGGCGGGUUUCAUUGGAUCCCACACAGUAGUUCAGCUUCUCAAACAGGGAUUCAAUGUUUCAAUUAUCGACAAUUUCAACAAUUCCUCCAUGGAAGCAGUGAAUCGGAUUCGAGAUUUGGUAGGUCCGCAGCUUUCUCUGAAUCUCGAGAUCAACCAGGGUGAUCUCAGGGAUAAGGAAGAUUUGGAGAGAGUCUUCAACAAAAAGAAAUUUGAUGCCGUGAUCCACUUUGCGGGCCUGAAGGCAGUUGGAGAAAGUGUUGCCAAACCUCGCAAAUACUUUGAUAAUAAUCUCAUCGGCACUAUAAAUCUAUAUGAAGUUAUGGCAAAGUAUAACUGCAAAAAGAUGGUUUUUUCGUCAUCUGCAACUGUUUAUGGCCAGCCUGAUGAGAUACCCUGUGUUGAGGAUUCCAAGUUACAGGCCAUGAAUCCUUAUGGACGGACUAAGCUUUAUAGUGAAGAAAUUGCUCGAGACAUGCAGCAAGCUGAGCCAGAAUGGAGAAUCAUUUUGCUGAGGUAUUUCAAUCCGGUUGGAGCCCAUGAAAGUGGUAGGAUUGGUGAAGAUCCUCGGGGCAUCCCAAACAAUCUAAUGCCUUACAUUCAGCAAGUUGCUGUUGGGAGAUUGCCUGUGCUCAAUGUAUACGGAUAUGAUUAUCCCACAGAGGAUGGCAGCGCGAUACGGGAUUAUAUUCAUGUAAUGGACUUAGCAGAUGGUCAUAUUGCUGCCUUGCGGAAGCUUUUUGCAGCAGAAAGCAUUGGUUGUACUGCUUACAACUUGGGAACUGGCUGUGGUACAUCAGUGCUUGAAAUGGUCGCAGCAUUUGAAAAAGCUUCUGGCAAGAAAAUUCCAGUAAAAAUGUGUCCAAGGAGGCCAGGAGAUGCUACUGUUGUUUAUGCAUCUACAGAGAAGGCUCAGAAGGAACUAGGAUGGAAGGCAAAAUACGGCAUUGAGGAAAUUUGCAGGGAUCAGUGGAAAUGGGCAAGCAACAAUCCAUGGGGAUACCAGGGGAAGCCUUGAUACAGCUUCAGCAGAAACAUGUGUAGUGGAAGAGGAAGCCUGUCACCAUUUUUUGGGCCCUGCACCAUAUCAUUUUGAGAAUACGAUUUGGAUAUAAUUUUUUGUUUGUAUGAUUGAUUCUUUACACUAUCAUAAUUAUUAUUUUUUUCGAUGUUCAUUCUUUAGACUCCUGUUUUAGGGGACUAUUUAUUCUUACACUCGGUUGAUAGAAAUAAUUGUCCCAUUUUUUGAUAAUGAGUUGCUGUAUUGUAUGAGCAACAUUUUGAUGUGAAAUGUAAUGGUGAAAUAGGGUUAA